AAAUGUUCCAAGCAGAAAAAGGUGCCAAUGCCAUUCCUGGAUACACAGGGUAAUAGUGUCUUAUUAAUUAUACCUUAGAUUCAUUCCAAGUCAAGACUACGAUUAAGACUUAUUGCAAAUUCAGGGCAACAGAAAUCACAUCCCAAGUACUCUCUUUAUGCUUAUGUCACUAAGAUUAUGCAGGAUUUGUUCCAGGAAUAAAGUCAGAAAAUCUAUUUGGAAAGACAUUCGGGAAAAUCACUUUACUUUCCAGCACUCAUGAACAUCAUCGAGGGUACAUUCUCAAUCUCUAACUCAAGAUCUGAUUUGCCUGCUGACAUUAGAUACAAAAGCGAAGUCAAAGAGGCUUAUUGCGAUCAGAGAGACCAACGUGGAAGAGAUAUUAAUCUCUAUGGCAAACUAGACUCAGAAACAUCAGUAACUGUUAUACAUGCUAUUUUAUUAGAAAGCUCUUGCUUAUACUCUAUCCAAUCUGACACACUUUGAACAAACUAACACUCUUCCAAAAAGAAGUAAAUAUCUCGUGUUAUCAACAAAGGCGACUCCAAAGAUAGACAGAGCAGUUUAACCUAUGAAGAGGCUUUGCAAAAAUUAAAAUGA